CUGCCGCUCUGGUCUAAUUGGGCCCAUGGAGCCAUGGCAGCUGCGGCUGCUGUGGCCGCUGCGUUUGGGCUCGGCGCUGCCGCCUGGGCUCCUCCGGAGCUUUCCGAGGAUGAGUUCGCGAAUCAGGAGGUGUUGCAGAAGUCCCUGUUCGACGAAUACUAUCACUCUGAGAGAGGCUUCGCAGUUGGGGAGGCACUGCGGCAGUUGGGGCACCAGGCAUUUUCCCAUCCGAGCUGGGCUUUUGGCGUCGCCAACGGCCUCUACCACUUCUUCUUUUACCGAGAGGAUUGGCAUCCUGCAGCGCCCCACUCAAUGCUGAGCAUUGAGGACAUGAGCUUGGCAGCUGAACUUUUUAAGGCGUCCUUGCAACACAGCAGCUGCCUGGAUCCGGGACUGGAUCUGCAGAGCUUUUUGAUGGGCCUGUGCCAGCAGAAGCUGGCGAUGCUUUUCUUGCUGCAGCUGGAGCUUGGUGCCGCCAUGUCCUGCGAGCACCGACUAGCAGAGAGCGCAGCGGUGCUCAGGGCAGCUGCGGAUAUCUUCGAAAAAAUGCAGAAGGUGCAAUACCACGCCUUGCUGGGUGACAUUGGUAUGAAGGUAUGCAGCUUUCAGCAUAUUCCAUCGCUCUGGUUGGGCUCGGCAUUCAGGAAGUCCCCGGCAGAUUUGGCUCUCAACGACGAGCUCUAUCCCCGCAGCUUUGGCGCAGUGUGGCCGGCAGAGCGCUUCCCCUACGCGCAGUUCCUGGAGGCCAACUUUGAGACGUUCUUGGGUGAGCUGCAGGCGAUCUUGGCAGAGGAGGGCCUCUUCGAGCAGCUCCGGCGCCUGGCGCGGAAUGCGGAGGGCCUGGCGGUGUGGCCGCCGGACGCGCGGGGCCACGUGCAGCUGCUGGACGGAAGGGAGGAGAACCCCAUGCUGGCCACGUGCGCUUUCGCCCCGAGGAGCUGUGAGCUCUUGGCUGCGCGCCCGGAGCUGCGCUGCGGGCGAGGCGCCGCCUUCCUGGCGCGGUUGGAGCCGAAUGCCUGGCUGAAGCCGCAUCUCGGCAACUCCCGGCGCUUGGCCGCGCACCUGGGCCUCAUCACAGCGGAGGGCACCGAGCUGAACGUGGGCCCCGCGCGGCGCUUGCGCUGGCAAGUGGGCAGAGCCUUCGUGUGGGACGAUACGCACGUCCACGAUGCACGGCACAAUGGCGAAGGAACUAGAUACAUCCUCCAGUCCUUCUUUUGUCAUCCCUGCGAGCAGCGGGAGCUGUAUCAAAGCCACGAGCUGCCCGCUGUGCGGUCCUUGGCUUCGGAUGCCGCCUGCGAGUUCGCGCACCCCGUGCGCGCAGAGGUCGCGCGUGCUUUGCGACAAGAGAUGGAUGCACGCGAGGAGGCUUACCGCUCGAUGCCACGAAUGACUGUUCGGGCUGAUGCGCCCGUGAGCGUUUGAUGGC